AUGUACUCGCGCAACCCGAGUCUCUUCUUCUCAGACCUUCCCACGGGCCUCUUGUCGGGUCAAGACAACGACGUCGGGGAGCGCGACGCGACACCCGAAGCACGCGCGCCACCGUCGUCCAAGCUGCGUAUUGCCCAGCUUAUUAAGGCGCAACAAGGCCCGUGGAAGCGGCCAGAGCGACUCGAGCGCGACGACGCCCCACCCCCGUCGUUCCCAACCCUGGCCGAGCUCGCCGCACGGAAGAAGCAGCCGCCAAGCAUGGAGACGCACUCGCUGGCCGCCAAGCGCAGAGUGUAUGGCGUUGGUCCCAAGCCAGCGCUCAAGUAUGGCAAAGCGCCCUUGGCAGCAAUCAACACGGAGCAUAACGACCUCGAGCACCUCCGCAACACCAUGCAUCGCGUCGGCAAGAAUCUUCCGAUUCAGUUUUUAAAGGCGUCCAAGCACACGGAUUUCGCCAAGCGCAUGGCCACCGAGACCGUCGUGCGCAUCGUAUCAGCCAACUUUGAGCACGCGCGGCGUCGCGCCUUUGGCAUGUGGCAGACGUUUACAGACGCCCACCGCGCGCGCGAGCACGCGUUCAAGCGACAUCGUCUCGAACAGCUCGCAGGUUUGGCACGCAUGUUGUUUUUGCUGCAAACCAAAGUUGAGCACCGCUCUCGAUACAUCCUAAGCGCCUGGGCGGCCGAAGCUCGAGCGCGGACGCAUGCUAUUCAUACCUUCCACGCGAUUCAAAUCCAGUGCGCGUGGCGACAAGCCAUGGCGCGACGGCUCCGCCACCGUCUCUACUGCGCCCACUUAGCUGCCUGCCAGCGACACAGUGCCAUCCACUCGCAGCGGUACGACGACGACUCUGUCACAUGCAUGAACGGGUACCGACAUCGACCUAGAUUGGUGCGCGGCUUUCUGGCGCGGCGUGAGGCUUCUCGGCGCCGAGUCGCCAAGCAAGAGAUCAUGGCAGCCACCAGAAUCCAGCGGGCCUACCACAAUCAAGUGCUCUACCGCGCGUAUCGACGCCAAAAACAGAGUCGCGCGAGUGCGUUGCUCCAGCGCGUCUACCGCGGGCACCAUGGCCGCGGCGUCGCACUCGCUCGUCGUGCUGCGCUCGCUCAGGAGGCCACGACUUACGUCCACGAGCACGUGCUUCCCGCCGCCUGCGCCAACGCAUCUCGACGAAUCGUCAGCGCCCGCCGUAUCCAGCGCUGUGUGCGGCACGCGACCGCACGCACCAACUACGCCCGCGCGUAUCCAAAACUCUAUGCGCGCCGCCGGUACUUUCCUGCGUGUCGUAUCCAGGUACCUUUUUUCUAUUUUGUGCGUGGCGCAUUCAUACAAUUGAACUAG